UAAAAGUUUGUUUUUUAAAAAACGGCAACUUUAAACAUAAUAUUUAGAACUUUUCCACCGAAAGACUGCAUGAUAUUGUGCAAUAGAAUUUUCUGAAAGAUAACAAAUGACUUAAAAGCCUUUGAAAAGUGGAUCAGAUAAUUGAUUUAUCCCAAAAAGUAGGCCAUAAAGAUUUUUCUAUUCCAUCUUGAAGUACUUGAGAGGUGAAAGAGUUGCGGAUCUUGCACCAUGACAGAAUUGCAGUCUGUGAGUCCAACUUACCCAGAAACAGUACGAAACUAUAAGCUUGCAACUCAUCCUGACAAACAAGAAAAUUUCAGCGAAAACGAUGGCAGUGUCUCAGAAAAUAACGUAAGGGAUGAUAUUAAAAAGGGUAGUAAUACUGUAGUACAUGACAAACUAAAGCUUGUCUUUCUGAUAUUUGUAUUACAUGGAAUAGGCAUUUUAAUGCCUUGGAAUAUGUUCAUUACUGCUAAUUCUUACUUCGUCGACUUUAAACUUAAUGUCAAUGAUCCCUCAAUGGAACAAAACAGGAAAAACUUUUUAAUUUAUGUAGGUAUAGCAGCCAAUAUACCUAACGUAUUAUUUAAUGCCUUGAAUAUUUUCGUUCAGUUCGGUAGUAGCACAUUAGGAAUUCGAAUAAUUGGUGCAUUAAUAAUAGAAAUUAUUAUAUUUUUCGUGACAAUAAUUCUCGCUAUGGUUAAUACAACUUCGUGGGUUGGUGUGUUCUUUGGUAUUACAAUGACUUCAGUUGUUAUAAUAAACAUGGCAAAUGGAGUUUACCAAAACAGUGUGUAUGGUCUUGCGGCAAUGUUACCUAUGGAGUACACAAUGGCUGUUAUUUUGGGCACAAACAUCAGUGGCACUUUUACUGCAGCAAUUCUCAUACUUUCCAUAGCAGCAUAUACCCACCCAAGAACCGGAGCCAUUUAUUACUUCUUAACGGCUUUGAUAGUUUUAUUGUUUUGCUUAGAUACUUUUCUGGCCCUGCCUCUUAACAAAUUUUAUCAAUAUUAUGAUAAAUUAUCGAAAAAAUUUCCUGCAGAAAACGUGGAACAAGCGGUGACACUUUCACCAUUUCAGACAUUUCGCAAGAUUUGGCCUCAGUGCUUAAACGUAUUCAUGGUAUUUUUCGUCACACUUACAAUAUUUCCGGCAAUGUGUGCAAAUACAAAAAUUUUCGAUUAUCGUUUUUUUAUAGAUGCGAAAUAUUUCACUGCAAUUACUUGUUUCUUGAGUUUCAAUUUCUUUGCAAUGGUAGGUAGCUUUUUACCAAGUUGCUUUAAAUGGCCUGAACCAAAAUACUUAUGGAUACCAAUUGUGAUACGAUUUCUAUUGAUUCCAUUUUUCAUGCUUUGCAAUUAUAUACCUGAAAGCAGAACCUUACCUGUUUUGAUUAAAAAUGAUUAUGCUUACACUGUUAUGGUUACUGUUCUCGGGUUGAGUAGUGGUUAUUGCAGUAGUCUGGCUAUGAUGUAUACUCCUGGAUAUGUUAGUAAAGAAAAUAAAACAGUUGCUGGAAUGAUAGCAGCUUUUUUCCUUGUCUUCGGUGUAUUUUGUGGAGUAAACUUUACAUUUUUUGUCAGAUGGUUAGUUCAAACUUUGUAACUUGCAUGUUUUUUAUUGUUAUUACUAUGUCACUGACUAAAUUGUUUGAAUGGAAAAGCUUUCAGAAAUAUGCAUAGUUAAAAACGACGAAUAUAAUGUUAUAUGUACUUUAUAUUUUUUAUGUUUCUAAUUAUUCUAACUUUUUAAUUUAACUUUCUAAUUAUUUUUAAGUUUUUCUUGAGUUUCAAUUACCUUGCAAUGGGAGGAAGCUUUUUACUAAGUUGCUUUAAAUGACCUGGACCAAAACACCUAUGAAUACCAAUUGUGGUACGAUUUCUAAUGAUUCCAUUUUUCAUGAUUUGUAAUUAUAUACCUGAAAGCAGAAGUCUACCUGUUUUGAUUAAAAACUAUUAUACUUACACUGUUAUGGUUGUUGUUCUCGGGUUAAGUAGUGGUUAUUGCAGUAGUCUUGCUAUGAUGUAUACUCCUGGAUAUGUUAAUAAAGAAAAUAAAACAGUUGCUAAAAUGAUAGCUGCU